AUUCGCAGAACAAUCAUGGCUCGAACGGGAACAUAUAGUUUGAAUAGAACGAAAGAUACUUCAUUUCGAAAUUUCAUUCUUGUUCUUUUGGUGGUUUUGGCAUUGUUAGUGUUAAUUUAUUUAGUGAUGGCAUAUGGAUUAUCGUCUUCCAAAAAACCUGGUACCGAUUCAAGCGCUUCAACUGGACAAUAUGCCAAACUAUCAGACGGUAAUGCAAGGAUGCAAACAACAACAGAUAUAAUCGAAAUGUCAGAGCAGUCUGAAGCAUCUACAGACUCAACUCUUGGAUCUACAGAAAUGUUUGAUACCGAACAGCCAUCAACAGUAUCUUUCGAUAAUCAGCCACAGAAUCCGAUAAACAUUAAAUCGAAAAUCACCUCUAAUAGUCCAAAAUCACGGGAGUCAACUACAACACCUAGUGCAGCAACUACUAUUGCUACAAUGUCUGGAUCCACAAAUGGUAUUGAUAAUUCCCAGCCAACAAUUCCUCCCAACAUAGAAAAAAAACUGACCAGUUCAAAUGCACCUGAGAUCACCGACACUAGUGAUUAUGACCAGCCCACAACUUCUGAACUGAACUUUACUUUACCUACAACACCUGCAGGCACAUACACUAGUGAUACUGAUCAACGAUCCACAACUUCGCCCACUAUUCAACAAAAUAAUCUCACCAGUAGUUCAACUACAACAAACACAAACACUACUACAACUGAUAUCACAUACACUAGAACCACUGUUUCCACAACUUAUUCCACAGACGCUAAUAAUAAUGCACAGUCUAUAGCUCCGCCCAAUAUUAAUACAACUAUUAGUACAACUACAACUCCUGGUGCCACGCAACAAUAUGAACUGAUCAGUAGUUCAACUAUAACACCUGCUGCUAGUAUCACAGACACUAGUGAUACUACUACAAUCCCUGGUGCCACAGAGACUAGUGGUAUGAAAGAGUCCACAACUUCGCCCACUAUUCAACAAAAUAAUCUCACCAGUAGUUCAACUACAACAAACACAAACACUACUACAACUGAUAUCACAUACACUAGAACCACUGUUCAGUCAGUAAGGUCCCCUACUACUCAACAAAAUAAUCCAAUCAGAAGUUCAACUACAACAACUUAUUCCACAGACGCUAAUAAUAAUGCACAGUCUAUAGCUCCGCCCAAUAUUAAUACAACUAUUAGUACAACUACAACUCCUGGUGCCACGCAACAAUAUGAACUGAUCAGUAGUUCAACUAUAACACCUGCUGCUAGUAUCACAGACACUAGUGAUACUACUACAAUCCCUGGUGCCACAGAGACUAGUGGUAUGAAAGAGUCCACAACUUCGCCCACUAUUCAACAAAAUAAUCUCACCAGUAGUUCAACUACAACAAACACAAACACUACUACAACUGAUAUCACAUACACUAGAACCACUGUUCAGUCAAUAAGGUCCCCUACUACUCAACAAAAUAAUCCAAUCAGAAGUUCAACUACAACAACUUAUUCCACAGACGCUAAUAAUAAAGCACAGUCUAUAGCUCCGCCCAAUAUUAAUACAACUAUUAGUACAACUACAACUCCUGGUGCCACGCAACAAUAUAAACUGAUCAGUAGUUCAACUAUAACACCUGCUGCUAGUAUCACAGACACUAGUGAUACUACUACAAUCCCUGGUGCCACAGAGACUAGUGGUAUGGAAGAGUCCACAACUUCGCCCACUAUUCAACAAAAUAAUCUCACCAGUAGUUCAACUACAACAAACACAAACACUACUACAACUGAUAACACAUCAUACACUAGUACCACUGUUCAGUCAAUAAGGUCCAGUAGUUCAAGUACAACGCCUACCAUGAGCCCUAAUAAAGCUGUGAAGUCAAAUAGUUCUACGUCAAUUAAAGUAAAAACUUGUGAAGAUCCUGUUUGUAAAAAAAUAUCCGCGCAAUGGUUGGCAAUGAUGAAUUACGAUGAAGGCUCGGAUCCAUGUGAUGACUUCUACAAUUUCGCCUGUGGAGGAACAAAUAUUGCCGAAGACCUAAAAGAAGCAUAUUUUGACUCGACUUCUAAGGCUCUUAUCAACAGAGCUAAAGAAAAAUCGGAAGAUUUUGAAUACCCUACUAUUUUUGUAGAUUUUUAUAGAGAUUGUAUGCAACACAAGGACGAUUUUAUGAUGGAGGAUAUUUUAAACAGUCUGAAUUCUAUCGAACAAAAAUCUUUGACAGAUAUCUUCAUUGAUUUAUUAUUAUCUCAGUCUAUGCCAUUCUUCGACGUUGGAUUGAGGGUGGAUGAAUCCGAAUCAUUAGGAUAUGAAAUCAAUCUACCAGAAAACAGUCCUUUGAAAACAGGUUUAACAGAAUGGUCACUAAUAGAUCAAAUGCAACAACAAUGUAUAGAAGAAAUCAGUGACAAGAUAAAGGGUUACAAAAUAAAUUUGAGUAAUGAUACAGCAGAAGACAUUCGCAGUUGUGUGAAAACUAAUACUAAGAAUUAUAUCACCAGAUUUGUCAAAGAAAUGGAUAGCAUGUUCAGUGACAAAUCAUUGGUAUAUUCUUUUAAGAAUCAUAGUGUUGAUUUGCAAGAUCUCAUGGAUGACUUACUGGACCAUCUUCUCAUCAAUUAUAAUAGUUUCAUACACACAUUGGAUGACGUAGAGACUAAUUAUCAGGAAAUAAAAACUCUGAAGGAAUUGAAUGAGCAAUACAAAUGCCGAGAUUUGAACUGGGUAGAAGUUUUCAAAGGAAUCACCAGGAAUGUCAACAUCACCGAGGAUAUUCCAGUGAAAGUGUUUUUUUCCAACUACACGAGCAAAGUAUUAGAUGUAUUAGAUAAAAAACAGAACAUACAUGGUAUUCUGAAUUUAUGGUUCAACGUUCAACGGUUCAGGAACACCAGACCCGUUUCAAUAAACUACGGGCGGAAAGCAACACACUGUAUGAGAUUGGCUUCCCAACUUAUGCCAGAUAUAAGCGUAUCGCUUGUCAACAACAUUUCUGCAGAACAAAUAUCACCGAAACUAUAUGAGCGAGUGGAAAAUUUAUUCCAACAACUGAAAUCUACAUUCAAUGCUUCAUUUGAAGAAGCCAAUAUGACCCAAGAUUCGGUUACAAUUUUUCAAGAUCGGUUAAAUCAAAUUCAAUUGAGAAGUAACGCGAACAACACUUUGGACAGGCAAAUUCUUUUUGCAAGUGGUUAUGGAAACGACUUGGAUGUGGCUAAUAAAUCUUACCAUGAGAAACUUAUGAUAUUAUUAUCAAAUUAUAGAACGAAUGUGUAUUCUUUGGUUGGAAAAGGAUACUCAGGUGACAAAUUGGCAGAAAUUCUAUUAUUGUAUUUCGUAGAUCCUUUUGAAACUGAACCAAAGACAUUUCCCCCUUCUCGUCAUAUAGUAUUUCCACCUGGUUUCGUGUAUGGCAUGUCCCCAAAAUUGCCGGCUUACGUAGAAUUGGCGACCAAAGGUUUUCGUCUGGGUGAACAGAUAGCUAAGCACUUCGAAAAAGACGAUUUCAGUAAAGAAUUACAGGACAGAGAGGAACGAAUCUAUACGCGAUUAGAAUCCGAUGCAGACGAACUGGAUCUGAUUGGUGAUAUAAAGUAUAAAUUUGACAAUGUUCACUACGAAAUAAGUAAUAUACGCUGCGUUGGAAAAUGUGCGAAUGAAAUAUUCGAGGAUAAUACUGCCUUUCGGUUAGUGACCGAUAUCUUCAAGGAUCUCCGAGACUCCACAAUUCUGCCAUUUAUGGAUGAAACAGUAUCAACCGAAAAAUCUUAUGUGUCUUUUAUCGCACAUGAAUUUUGCAAACGCCAGACAAUAGUGGAAAUGAUAGCAGAUUUGUAUGGAGGAAGAAAGCUACCAGCGCCAAUGAAAACACGAAAUAUGAUCAGAAAUUCAAAUUUUUUCAAUCAGUUAUACCAGUGUGGAUUUGAAAAUCAAAACAUGAAUCAGUUUCCGUACAUUGUCCCAUAUUUUGAUAGUAGCAAAUUAACCAAUUGAAGUUGUAUAAAUAUUCGAACAAUAUUUUUAAUGUAUCGUGUAUUGUUCAAAUUAGGACUGUAAAUAAAAAGUUUGAGAU